AUGAACUCGGCACAGAAAAGAGCCGUGGUAUACUCCAGAGUCCCGAGCCUGCGGACUAACCCCCCGUGGGCCACACGAUACCCUUCCUUGCACCUAGCAAGGCUGCACCGCUCGCAGAUAGAAGAGUGGCAAUCCUUCUAUGGUGACGUACGACAGGCAACAACAAACGCCAUUGGAGCCCCGCCGGCUACCGCAGCCCAGGCAGCGGGUCCGAUGGAAUACUACAUGACUGGGAACGAACUUGGGGUCACGGGAAGAUUCGGAGAACACGUCUUAAGCCGUCUGGGUCCGGUCAUUGAGAGCCCGGUGCCGCGUGUGGUCAUUGGCGAUGUCCACUGCGCAGAAAACGCGCACCCCAUUCUCCAUGACCUGCCAGACUGUGUAGUGCUGAAUAUCCGUCAAGGCCAUACAACGGUGGGUAGCGUCAUUGAGCUCAAGACACCCUGGACCAUCGACCUGAGCAAUCGGAGGACCUACAAGUUCUACCGCGUUCUGGGGCAGCUCGCCCAGUAUAUGGACACCUAUUCCUGCCGAUAUGGCCUGGUUUCCACCUAUAACCAGAGUAUUGUGGUUCGUCGUGUGAGCAAUUAUCGCUUUGCGCUGAGCCCAGUGGUUACCCAUCGACAGGAAUCGUCCCAGGUGCCAGUGAGGGUCUCAUUGAAGGAGUGCGUCUUGUUCCUUUCGUUGAAGGUGAAAGGGAAUGACUGGCGCUGGGGCGGACCGGUUAUCGGAAGACCCCUGAUCAAUGGGACAUACACUGGUUAG